GGCAGAUUACUCUAUAAUGAAAAGGGGGAAAAAAAAGAAAAAAUUGAGUUGAGAUCGAGAGUAAGUUAAUUACACGUAGAAAAACGACGUAUGCUUUAGGAACAAUUUGGUUUUCAUCUGGACUAUAACAGGCCAUUUUCGUUUUGAACAGCAGAUAUAUAUCUUUAAGUGGCUGUGUAAAGAUUUGAAGUUUUAAUGCCAAUACCCAUAAGAAUGGCAUUCCAGUCAAUGGGAAGUGCCCAGGAGGGUAGAAAUCGUAACAUUUUGGAACAAUUAGAAGAAGAAAAGAAGCGACUACGUAUGCAAGCUCACGGUGGUGGUUCGAGCAGCUUGAACUCAAAUGUUUCAAAUAGUGUAUCAUUACCUUCGACGACGACAAAGGCGACCCCUGUUCCCACCUCGCCGGUAUUGAGUACAUCUGGUUCACAGCUAGUGGUUGAAACGCAGAUAAUGACUCCUCAACAGAGAGCCGCCCUCCAACAUGCUCAUGUCAAUUCCGUUGGAUAUUUUAUAACUCAAGAAUCUUCUUUUGGUAAUCUUAUUUUACCUGUGUUACCCAGGUUUAUCGAAAAAUAAACUCUAGCAGCGGAGGGUGUUUUUGUGUGUGUUGGUAUAGGUAUGUGAGAGAAACAGAGAGCAUUUAUCUUAACGCCCAAAAUAUGACAUGUACGUGUACACUUUUCAAGUUUUCUGAUAAGCAGAAUUUCCGGGCAAUGGCAAUAGGAAUACUUGGUAAUAAAAUGAAGAAGCUGUGAGAAUCUGUAGUUUGUAAAUAAAUAUGUAAAAUAUA